CUCCUGGCUCCUGUGGCCCUGCCCCUUUGGGCCCCUGCAGCCUCUGGAGAGUCACCAGGAGCUCUGCCAGGUGGAGUCCUGGCAACCCAGCCCGCCAAUCAGAAAUCAACAAACCACAGAGCAGCCUGCCUUUUAAGAGGCGGCAGAGCUCAAGGCAGGCAGAGAGGGGACCAUGGUGCUGUCCGCCUUCUCGCUGCUCCUGGUCCUCACUGGCCUCCUGCUCCUCUGGGCCGGGGGCCGCCCCGCCUCCCGGGGCCGCCUCCCACCGGGACCUUGGCCUCUGCCCCUCCUGGGGAACGUCCUGCAGAUCCAUCACAAGGGCUUUCUCCACUCCUUCCAGCGGCUGCGAGAGAAACACGGGGAUGUCUUCACGGUGUACCUGGGCUCCCGGCCUGUGGUCGUCCUGUGCAGCUACCAGGCGGUGCGGGAGGCCCUGGUGGAGCAGGCUGAGGCUUUCUCUGGCAGGGGGUCUAUUGCCAUCACGGACGCCAUCUUCCAGGGGACCGGUGUGUUCUUCGCCAACGGGAAGCCUUGGAAAGUCCUCCGGCGGUUCUGUCUGGCCACCAUGAAGGACUUGGGCAUGGGGAGGCGCAGCAUGGAGCAGAGAAUCAAGGAAGAGGCGCGGUGCUUGGUGGAGGAGCUGCGGAAAUCCCAGGAGGCCUACCUGGACCCCACCUCCCUCUUCCACGCCAUCACGGCCAACGUCAUCUGCUCCAUGGUCUUCGGAGAGCGCUUCGAUUACCAGGACCCAGCGUUCUUGCGGCUGCUGCAGCUGCUCAAUGAAACCUUCAUCCUUCUCAGCUCCUUCUACAGCCAGGUGUUUGAGCUCCUGUCUGGCAUCCUGAAGCACUUGCCCGGCCCCCACGCUCGUGUGGACCGCAUCAUUCAGGAACUGAAAGACUUUAUCACCAAGAACAUCGAGAAACACCGGGAGACCCUGGACCCCUGCUGCCCCCAGGACUUCAUCGACUCCUUCCUACUCCGCAUGGACAAGGAGCGCUUCCUGCCCGAGAGCGAGUUCCACCACAAGAAUCUCGUGCACACCGUGCUCUCGCUGUUCUUCGCGGGCACAGAGUCCUCCAGCACCACGCUCCGCUACGGGCUCCUGCUGCUCCUCAAGCACCCGGAUGUCACCGAGAAAGUCCAGGCGGAGAUCGACAGGGUGAUCGGCCCACAGCGUCCUCCUGCCCUAGAGGAUCGGGCAAAGAUGCCUUACACAGACGCCGUCAUCCACGAGAUCCAGAGAUACAGUGACCUCACCCCCAUAGGAAUCCCCCACUCUGUCAUCAAGGACACCCACUUCCGGGGAUAUCACCUGGUGAAGGGCACCGCUGUGUACCCCAUCAUGAGCUCUGUGCUCCAUGACCCGCACCACUUCGAGAAGCCUGAUGUCUUCUACCCCGGCCACUUCCUGGACGCGGAGGGCAACUUCAGGAAGCGGGAAGCCUUUGUCCCAUUCUCCAUGGGAAAACGCAUCUGUCUGGGCGAGAGCCUGGCCCGCUCCGAGCUCUUCCUCUUCUUCACCUCAAUGCUGCAGAACUUCUCCUUGGGCUGCCCGAAAGCCCCAGAAGACAUCGACCUCACGCCCCGGGUGAACGGGCUUGGAAAGCUGCCCCCUGUGUUCCAGCUCCGCUUCCUGGUGCGCCAGAGGGGGGACAAAGGGACACAGAGCCCCUCGCCUCUGCAGGCCUCUGAGCUCCCCCUGCCCACUGGCUCCUGUGGGAAGUCCUGUCUGUAGUCUCUCCUCCACU